AUGGCCAGGGAGAUCAAAACAGGCGAGAUUGUUGCUUUGAAAAAGAUACGCAUGGACAAUGAGAGAGGAUUUGCUAUAACCGCUAUACAUGAAAUCAAAAUUUUAAAGGAACUUCAUCAUGAGAACAUCAUUCAGUUAAAAGAGAUUGUGACAUCUCCAGGACCCGAAAAAGAUGAACACGGAUGGCCAAAUGGCAAUAAAUACAAGGGAAGCAUUUAUAUGGUAUUUGAAUACACGGACUGUGAUUUGACUUGGUUAUCAGAUAGCCCUGGAAUGCGGUUUACAGUUCCCCAGAUGAAGUGUUACAUGAGGCAGCUGUUAACGGGACUUCACUAUUGCCAUGUUAAUCAAGUUCUUCAUCGUGAUAUUAAAGGUUCCAAUCUUCUAAUUGACAAUGAAGGGCAUUUAAAGCUUGCAGAUUUUGGCUUGGCUAGAUCUUUGUCUAGUGACCAUAAUGGAAAUCUCACAAACCCUUUCAUAACUCUUUGGUACAGACCUCCAGGGUUGCUGCUUGGCUCCACUAUGUAUGGGCCAGCUGUGGACAUGUGGUCGGUUGGUUGUAUUUUUGCUGAGCUACUAAAUGGGAAGCCAAUCUUGCCUGGAAAGAAUGAGGUGCCUGCACAAGCUUAUGAUUUUUCGGAAUUGUUAGUAGUAACUGACAUGAGAGGGGAUGGAUUAACUGUACAGGCGGACGUCUUAUGA